AGGUUUCCUGUAAACAUGUGGCGCGCGAGCUGCUGACGGGGUCAUGUGACUUUCAGUCUCAGUACCGGUUGUGCUGCGAUUUUUCACAGAAAGUCCAUCAGUGCGUAGGUCGUCUCUGCGCUCACAGGUACUCGUUUGUCCUCCGUCUGCGUGCUGGUCUGCUCUGUGGGUGAAGAUGUUCGGGAAGGUAGCCGUGCUCGGUGUCCUGAUUUCGGCGGUGCUGUCGUGCGUGUCAGCCGGUGUGUUUUUCAACAAGAAGCAGCCCUGCUAUGUCCCAAAAGCGAGGACGAACCAGCCCGGAGUCAGGACUGCUCCUCGACCUCAUGAAUAUUUAAACAUUUCCGAUCUGCCCAAGUCCUGGGACUGGAGGAACAUCAACGGCACCAACUUUGUCAGCACGACGCGGAACCAGCACAUUCCCCAGUACUGUGGCUCCUGCUGGGCUCAUGGCAGCACCAGUGCCAUGGCUGAUCGCAUCAAUAUCAAGCGGAAAGCAGCCUGGCCGUCUGCGUAUCUGUCUGUCCAGCACGUGAUCGACUGUGGCGAGGCCGGCUCCUGCCACGGUGGAGAUCACAGCGGCGUGUGGGAGUUUGCCAACACUCACGGCAUUCCAGAUGAGACCUGCAACAACUACCAGGCCAAAGAUCAGGAGUGCAAACCGUUCAACCAAUGCGGCACAUGCACCACUUUCGGAGUGUGCAACGUCGUGAAGAACUACACGCUGUGGAAGGUCGCGGAUUUUGGCUCUGUGAGCGGAAGAGAGAAGAUGAUGGCUGAGAUCUAUGCUAACGGGCCCAUCAGCUGUGGGAUAAUGGCCACAGACAAGCUGGACGCUUACACGGGCGGUCUGUACUCGGAGUACCAGGACGAGGCUUACAUCAACCACAUCGUGUCGGUGGCAGGAUGGGGGGUGGAAAACGGCGUGGAGUACUGGAUCGUCCGCAACUCCUGGGGAGAGCCCUGGGGGGAGAAGGGCUGGCUCCGGAUUGUGACGAGUGCCUACAAAGGAGGAAGUGGCAGCAAGUACAACCUGGCGGUGGAGGAAGACUGCAUGUACGGAGAUCCGAUUGUUCCCAAAAACUACGCGUAGAUCCGCCUUUUGUUAUCAUUUUUAAAUCAGGGAGGAAGAGGAAACUUUUAUAGAAAAAAAGGGAACUUUCUCUUUUUGUGACAAAUCUUUUUUUUUUUAUUUGAUAGCACGUUUAAAUUCUGUUGUUUUUAGGAGCUCUCAUUUUUUAUUAAUUGCUCAUUUCUUGAUUUUCCAGUAAAUAUCAACUGGAUUAAAGCUUUGAAUUUAUGUGUAAAUGACAGACAUGGGGGGACUUCCCAUGAUGCACUACACUCUAAUGAAAACUCACUUAAAUGUGCCUUGUAUGCCUCAGCAUAAAGCUCUGAUGUUUGCUGUUUUUAUGCUCAUUUUGCACUUGGAAUGAUUCAAAGAUGUCAAACUAUGCCAAUAAACAUUUAUAUUUGC